AUGAUAACUCCAAAAUUCAACUGUAGUCAGGAUGAGAUCUCGGUUAUCCUUCAACUAUACGUUCCCGCUGUGCGAGCAGCAGAUGUUGAGAUCCACGUCGAAGGCACGCUGUUUUCAGCACACAUCAAUCCAUAUUUUCUCCGCCUCAAUUUUCCCUAUCCGGUACUCGAGGACGAUGACUCGUCUGCGUCUUAUGACCCUUCGUCCGGUACUCUCACCGUGAGACUCACGAAAGAGACCAAAGGCCUACAUUUUCCCGAUCUCGACCUUUUAACCAAACUUCUCGCACCCCGCUCCGCCGCAGCUCUCAAUGAUGAGGGUCGGACCAAAGGACCCCUUAUAGAGGUUCUGGAUAGUCGUUCUCCAGAUCAACUCGCAGAGGAAUUAGACGACAAGCUUCGGCUGGAUCUAGAACAAGAACACGCAGCAUUCGUGCGAGCUGCACAAAACGAUUGGCAAAUCGACCAGGAAGCACCUGACGACGAGCUCCUGGAUGCCGGUCCAUCGAUUUCCACUUGUACUCCGUAUGGCUUUCUUAAUUUGCACACCGGAUACUUUACAAACGUCAUUCACACCGAAAAUGAGGUGAACGAGCUUGGAGCCGAGGCAGAAAACUCCACGCUCGCGAGGCGGCGACAACUUCGCGAGGCAAGCGAAGAGGCCAAGUGGGACGAAGAACACUACAUAGCAGACUUUGUCGACGAUGAAAUUAUCAAAGAGUUGAUGAGCACUGAAUUACCACCGGAAGGCAUAUUUGUAUUUACAGAGGAGGAAAAUAUGACAAUGUUGCGUCUUCCUCGAAAAGAAUACUUGCUUACUCCCGAUCGAACGAGAGAGUUACAAAUUGCACUUUGCACCAUCCUCUUUGCUGCGCAGUACGAUUGGCGAACGACACAAGGCGACCCGACGCCCGAAUCGGCUUGGACAAUAUGUAAACUCGUUCCGGCGUUCUCUGCUCUUGAUCCGUGCCCGGCUCCAGUCUCUCUUCGUUCGGCUUUGCGGGCGUCGUACCGACGGGCAUUAGCGUUCCCACUCUAUCGGUCAUUUGCCUAUGCCAACGGCACGCGUGCCGUUACCCGACGACUAUUAGCAACCAAAAAGAUUCUGGAUGGCCAUGAUGUAUAUUAUGUGUACUCGAAGAUCUGGGUUGAUGAUUUUUGCACUUGGCUCAUCGGUUACUCAACCGACGCAGGUCUCAAGGCACUUGGCUCGGAACUAGCGACUACGCAGCCCUCCAAGGUAGAGAUUGGUUGGGACCUCGAAGAUCUGGAAGAUGCUGUUCGAGAAACCGAACCUGAUAGCGACGACGAAGAUGCGGAUGAAGUGGAACGCAUGACAACUGCGACACUCUAG